AUGUCCGUCGUCACCUACAAACCCCCGCCUCCCGACCCUGUCAAGCCGCCUCCCAAUGUUGUCGUGACUCCCUGUGACCCGUGGCCUGCACCUUACUAUAUGGAGGGUGGCCUUCGCCGUGUUAAGCCUUAUCACUAUACAUACAACACCAACUGCAAGGAGCGAUGGCGGGGUAGGAACUUGGAGGAAAUUUUCCUUUCAGAAUUCCGUGAUCGAAAGCCAGAAUACUACAAAUGGGCCCUUGACCAGGGUCUCGUUGCAGUCAACGGAAAGCCUGCUGGUCGGGAUACCGUACUCAAGAAUGGACAGGUCGUUUCCCACACCCUUCAUCGCCAUGAGCCUCCGGUGACCGGGCUGCCCAUUGGUAUCAUUCACGAGAGCGAGGAUUUGAUUGUCAUCGACAAGCCAGCCGGCGUUCCUGUUCAUUCCGCCGGCCGCUACCACUAUAACUCGGUUAUUGAGAUCAUGCGCGCUCAACGUGGCCAGGGCUUCAUUCCGAGACCGUGCAAUCGCUUGGACCGUUUGACUUCGGGCAUCAUGUUCAUUGGAAAGGAUCCCAAAGGUGCUGAGAAGAUGGCAGAGGCGCUGAAGCAGCGAACUGUACAGAAGGAGUACCUGGCGCGUGUCAAGGGCAAGUUCCCCGAUGGCAUUGUUGUUUGCGACCAGCCCAUUAUGCAGGUCAGCCCCAAGUUGGGUCUAAAUCGUGUGCGCGCUACUGGCAAGACUGCCACAACCAAGUUCCGCCGUUUGGCUUAUUAUCCUCCUGAGGCUUCAGUGGCCUCUGCGGAAGAGCAUGAGUCUGUUCGCGCCGCCACUCCUCCCCCGGUCGUCUCCAAUGAGGACGAGGGAUACAGUAUUGUGCACUGCUUCCCGCUUACGGGCCGGACACAUCAGAUCCGAGUGCAUCUCCAAUUCCUCGGUCAUCCGAUCAGCAACGACCCCAUCUAUUCCAAUCGUCGUGUCUUCGGUCCAGACCUGGCCCGGAACGAGACUACUGGAGAGCGCGAUGAGGAAAUCUUGGAGCGCCUUCACCGGAUGGGCAAGACUGAGAUUGCGGAAACGGCGACCUACCGCAACCAUUUCACCGCUGCUCCUAACGUGCCCGUGGAUACCGAUCCGUCCAUCGUUGCGAAUAUCAUGUCUCGCGAGCAACAAGCCGCCGCGGAGGACUACGAGAAGCGCAAGGGCGAGCGUCUGUCCGGCGAGGUUUGCGAUGUCUGCGGAACAGAGCUUUACUCGGACCCGGGUGUCCAUGAGUUGGGUAUCUACUUGCAUGCCGUCGCUUACGCCGACAAGGAUGGCAACUGGGGAUACCGAAGCCCGAUGCCUCACUGGGGAAUGCCCCCGCCUGGCCUGGACGGGCCUUGUGAGGUUCCUGAUUGGGUCCCCGGCGAGGAAACUGUCAUCGGCCAUGGAACCGUCCCUGAGAUUCGCGAUGAUGAUUAUGAUGCCACCGGUGACAAGAACCCUGCCAUGAACGGCACUGUUCUUGUUGAGGGUGUCGGCAUGGUCAACCUUGAUGACCCGAGACAUCAUUUGAAUGGAACUUCGGCGGGUGAAGUGCCCCAGUCCCAGGCUGAAGCAUCUACUGCAGCUUAG